UACACUGCGCUUGCGCAGAGAGUCUGUGCCGGCAGAGACAGCGGCGUUCGCCUGCGCAGAGGGAAAGCGGCGUGCGCUUGCGCAAAAAAUUGAAGCCGCUUCGGCAGCGUUUGGGGAGCAUGCAUAAACUUAAAUCGACUCAGAAGGACAAGGUCCGCCAGUUCAUGGCAUGCACUCAGGCUAGCGAGAAAACGGCUGUCUACUGCCUGACACAGAAUGAGUGGAAACUAGACGAGGCCACCGACAGCUUCUUCCAGAACCCAGAGGCGUUCCACCGAGAGUCUAUGAAGAGUGCCGUGGACCAGAAAAAGCUGGAGCAGCUGUAUGGCAGGUACAAAGAUCCACAGGAUGAAAACAAAAUCGGAAUCGAUGGGAUUCAGCAGUUUUGCGAUGAUCUAACCCUGGACCCUGCGAGCAUUAGUGUUCUGGUCAUAGCAUGGAAGUUCAGGGCUGCCACGCAAUGUGAAUUUAGCAAAAAGGAAUUUGUGGAAGGCAUGACAGAGCUGGGGUGUGACAGCACCGAGAAGCUGAAAGCCCUUCUUCCCAGACUAGAGCAAGAGCUUAAGGACUCAGCGAAGUUCAGAGACUUUUACCAGUUUACCUUCACCUUCGCUAAGAACCCUGGGCAAAAAGGCUUAGAUUUAGAAAUGGCUGUUGCAUAUUGGAAGUUAGUACUGUCUGGAAGGUUUAAGUUCUUAGAUCUUUGGAACACAUUUCUGCUGGAGCAUCACAAAAGAUCAAUCCCAAGGGACACUUGGAACCUUCUCCUAGAUUUUGGAAACAUGAUUGCAGAUGAUUUGUCUAACUACGAUGAAGAAGGAGCCUGGCCUGUCCUUAUAGAUGACUUUGUAGAAUAUGCACGACCCGUAGUCACAGGUGGGAGACGUGGCCCUCUCUAGGUGAAAAAGCCAGAUGGAUGGAGGGUAGGAUGGGCGUGUCCUGGAGGAGACUUCUGGGUCGGUUGCUGUGUGCAUUUGUCGCUGACUUCAGAGUCUUCCUCGUCCAUUCAUAAAGCAGAUCCUUCCUCCGCUUAAAGGCUGCAGCGGCUCACAC